UCUCAGACGAUUGCGACCUCCUCCCUCCGCCAAAUUCUUCCUCCUCCCUCCGAUUGCUACUCCCUCCUCCUCCCUCCGACUGCUCUCCGGCCAUAUCGACCACCUCCACGAGCUUCAUUCUUUUCACCUCAAAACCAAAACUCUUACUCAAUUCCACUCUCAAUUAGGGUUUUCUUCAUAACCUCAUUACAUAAAUGAUGGGAAUUCGGCCUCAACAAUCGUCUGUAGAAGAAGAGGACGAGGACCUUCUAGGUUGUGGAACUACGUUUUCCGGCCUAUCAGGCUCCACCAGCAGGAGUGUAGGUUUGCCGUCUUCUGAGACUGCGGCUGGUGACAACGCUGGUCUCAAAUUCGACUUGUCUUUUUCUAUAAUUUCAAUUUGUGGAGGCAUCUGCAUCAAGCUAAAGGCUAAGUUAAAUUUUUGAGGUCAAUAUUAGUUUAAACUGACAAGGUGAAUGGUUUAGAUGUUUUAAAAAGAGUUGGUCCAGUAGUUUUGAAUUUUAGGUACUAAGUUUGGGGAAUUGUCUCUAUGUUUGAUGUAUAUAUUAUUCUAAUUUGGUGGUCUUAAUGUUUAGUAUUGAUAGAGUGUUUAGGAUGGUCCACUUCAUGCAUGAGAGGCUUCUGGUUCCUUCUACACCAUUCCACUUCCUGCACAUGGUGCUGCCGGUUCUUCCCGCACAGUACCACCAGUACUUUGGCACAUUGGCUCCUUCUGUACCAUGGUAAUCUAUUCAAUGAAACACGAUUUUCUGCUUUGUUCAACAUAUGUUAUUUUGUUUUUCUCUUCUCUUUUUUUGUUGAACUUUAAAGGCACAUGGAGGUACAUACAUCCAUGAUUUCUAUUGUUCCGUUGUUUGACUCUAAUAACGAUCAACAUUUUCAAUAUAAUCGGACCUUGCAUCAAAUACUGGACUGGAAGCAUGAGCCGUAACAAGCAGGAUGCACUGUCAUGGAUCUCAAUACAUAUGCGGUUGAUAAUGAACAUUGUACUGCUGUAAAGGAAGGAGGGGAAGCGUUGAAAGAGGAAGAAUUGAGUAUAUCAGAGGAGUCUCUCAGAGAUUCUAAGCGCAAAUCUUCAACAAUAUCAGAAGCUCCUCAUCCUCGCGAUGCCAAGAAACUGAAGAUAUGUUGUGUACUGGAAGGAGUGAAAUGGGUAAUCAGAGCCGACAAGGACAGGAAGAUCAAAUUUUGCUGCAUCUAGUCUAAUGCUGCUAAGCCAUAUUUGAGAGCAUCCUGUUAUGAAAGUGGCUAGAACAGAGCUCCUACUGGAUAAUCCUGAUAUUUUAGAGGGUGUGGAUGAUCUUAUACAGCUUAGCUAUUUGAAUGAGCCCUCGGUUGUUCACAAUCUUCAGUUUAGAUAUGAUAUAUAGUAAAGCAGGCCCAAUUUUAGUUGCCCUCAAUCCCUUCAAAUAUGUACAAAUUUAUGGAAACGAGUAUGUCUCUGCUUAUAGAAAUAAGUCUCUUGAUCCUCGCGUUUAUGCCAUGGUAGAUGCAGCUUAUAACGAGAUGAUAGGAGAUGAAGUAAAUCAGUCCAUUAUCAUAAGUGGCGAGAGUGGAGCUAGGAAAACCGAAAUAGCAAAAAUUGCAAUGCAAUACUUAGCUGCUCUUGGUGGUGGAAGUUGUGGGAUAGAAAAUGAAGUUCUUCAGACUAAUGUUAUACUAGAAGCAUUUGACAAUGCAAAAACAUCUAGGAAUGACAACUCUAGCAGAUUUGGGAAGUUGAUUGAAAUUCAUUUCAGUGCUACAGGAAAAAUGUGUGGGGCUAAAAUUCAAACCUGUAAGCAUGUUCACGUGAAAUAUGUUUCCUAAAGUUUGUUCUUUUGUGAUAUCCAUUUUUUUUAUUUAUUAAGUCUACUGACUCGACUUAUUCUGAUUUUCGUAUGCCGAUUCCCAUAUACGAACAUAAACAGUUCUAUUAGAAAAGGUAACUUGUAGUUCUAAUUUGAACAGACAUUUUCAACGUGGAAAUUUGUUGACACCGA